UAUAUAUACCCAUGGAGCCCUAGGAACCAAACUCCAUGCCAAAACACACAGCUCACACACAUAGCCGCCAUUAGCAACAAUCGCAAGCAACUCCAUUACCUAGCUAGAUUCAUCUUGAGUUCUUGACCGAGUUGCGUCUGCCGUCAUCCAUCUGGGGAUCGAUCUUCAAGAUGAAGAAAGCGUCCAGGUUCCUGAAGCAGCUGUUCUCGGCCAUCGUGGCGGCGGUGAGGGAGAGGUCCGCGGCGACGCGCGCCAGGACGAGCGCCGCGCGGACGCGGUUCGUCUUCUUCGGCAUCCUCCGCAACAAGCAGCUCCUGAGGAACGCCAUCAACAGCAAGAUCCACGCGAUCGUGGGGGGCGGCAGCGGCAGUGGCCAGCACCUUGUUGCGGCGAGCGGCGGCGGCAGGACGGUCGCCGUGCUGGAGAAGCUGCCGAGCUUCGUCGCGGAUCAGGGGAGGAGGGCCGCCGUGCUGCUCAACAGCCUGCCGAGCUUCGCCAUGGGCCGGGACGGCGGCAGCGACUCGCCGCUGGUCGGCGGCGGCGAGGAGCAGAAAGAGGAGGGCGACGAGGGCGUGGCGAAGCAGCUGCAGCUGGCGAGCGCGCCGGUGGGCGGGUCGGUGAUCGAUCUGGCCCGCGGCGCGGCGGAGCGGGGCGGCGCGGAGUUCAGGCUGGAGGACGAGAUAGACCACGUCGCCGACGUGUUCAUCAGGAGGUUCCACGACCAGAUGAAGCUGCAGAAGCUCGAGUCGUUCAAGAGGUUCUGCGAGAUGCUCGAGAGAAACUAAUUAACGGAAACAUCAGGCGGAAUAAUCACCGCGACGUUGAUCGGUGCAGUGCAUUCCAUGGUUGUGGUUGAAUCGAUAUAAUUAGUCUCUAUGAUUAAGGCAGAGGUUUAUCAAUCAAAGUAACCUCUGAAGCACUUGAAAAAUAACUGGCGCGUACUGUCGCUUCCAAAUC